AUGAUCCCUUACAAGAGCUAUGAAGACUUUUCCCGUUGUUCUUCAGCAACCCGCCACCGCCGCCCUUUACGAAACAGCAACUCGCAACCAUGUUUUGUCUCUUGCACAUUCUUCACUCCAAUUUGUUUGCCGCUUUCACAUGAUGAACCUAAAUUAAGAUUCAAGAGGAUGGACAGGAGGUCAAAGCCAGAGAUGGACUAUGCAAGCAAAGAUCAAGAGAGCUGCUGCAGUAGUGAUAAGAGCUCAGAGAGAGAAAAAGCAAUGAAAAUGGAGUGUUUGUUGAAGAAGGUACUGGUAGAAAACCAACAGUUGAAAAAUGCUGUUGUCUUCCUGAAGCAGCAGAAUAAGGAAAAAGACAGCAAUGUGGAUGACUGCAAGAGGUCCAAGGAUAAACUUGUCUCUGAAAUUGGGACUCUGUUGACUGAAAUUUCAUUUCUCAAAGAAGCACGAGAACAACUGAGAUUUAAGGACCCUGAAUCCAGGAAAGAAACUACUAAAGCUCUUACUGAAACCAUCCAGGCCAAGCUGGAAGUAGCCCAUGCUAAAAUAGAGGCUGCUGAGGCUAAGAAAGAAACCUUAGAAGCUCAGAAGAUCGCUGAAGAAGCUAAAGAAUCGGCGGAAGCAGCUCACGCUCGGGAGGACAACCUAUUGUCCUAUGUCUCCAAAGUAGCUAGUUUGGCCUACCAGCAAGCUGCAGAGGCAGAAUAUGAUUGUGUCCAAGCUCGGAAAGCCAUGGCAGUAGCAGAGGCCAUCCAAGUGGCUGCCUUCACUGAUAGCAAGGUUCGCCGGAACAGCAAGGAGAAGUAUCAUCGAAGCAAUCGGAGUCAUGGGGAAUGCCGGUGUCAUCACCACCACCACCAUCACCAUCAUAGCCAACAUGAGCGCCGUAGUGAUUUGGAGACCCAAAGUGAUCUCAUCCACUCUGAACCAGAGACUCUGAGUAGCACCCGAUAA